AUGGAUAAAGUCCACGGCUAUGAUGAACACCUGUGGGAAUGCCCCUACGCGUUCGACUUCAAUUCAGAAUCUUUUAUGAAGAAUCGACGGCAAUCGUACCAGCAAAAAGCCGAUACAUUUCCUGUGGUUCCCCCAGAUUUAGACAACGAUUGGCUUGAAAACUCGACAUCAAGAGCCACUCCACGAUCCACUCCACGUCCUAGUCGAAGCCCAAGACAGAUUCGAUUUCAGAUACCAGAGAUUCAAAUUUCACUCGAUUCGACCAGCGGUUCAACACCGACGCUUCACUCAAACCCACAUACCGAGAUUGAGUGGUCACCAGCACGGGUUGGCAGCAUGGAUACGGUAAUGCAUAAGGCGCUCAUGCAUCCGCAGUUCGCACAACGUCAGUCGAUGUCCUUCGAUGACGGUGACGACUUGUCCUCAUCGUCGUCUCGGAGAAACUCGUCCAGCGAGAAGGCACGUCAAAAUCUUCUCGCGCAACGGCGUCAAAGUAAUAUACAGGUAGUGCAAGGAAUGUCCGGUCGUCGAACGUCCACAACGUUAAUUCCGCUUACACCAGCUCAAAUUCAUCUGAUUCGUGCCUUAUGGCGACAAAUCUAUACUAGUAAGGGACCGACGGUGGUUGGGACGAGUAUCUACCAUCGAUUAUGCUUCAAGUGGCCACAGGUAAAGGAACAAAUUCGACGAGUGCCUCUUCCGCCCAAGUUCCAAAAUCAUGAUAGUUUUGUGAAGGCACAUUCUAAAGCUAUCGGUGAACUCAUUGAUCAGAUUGUCGAAAAUCUUGACAACCUGGAUAACAUGACCGACGAGUUGAUUCGCAUAGGAAGAUCACACGCAAAAUUAUUGCGAGGAGAGCUUACCGGAAAACUCUGGAAUGUGGUAGCAGAAACGUUCAUCGAUUGUACGCUGGAAUGGGGCGAUCGCAGAUGCCGAUCCGAGACUGUGAGAAAAGCGUGGGCGCUGAUUGUCGCGUUUGUUAUUGAGAAGAUUAAACUUGGUCAUCAUGAACAGAGAAAACUUAUGCUCACCACGCGUCAGUCGCUGCCAGCCAUGCAAAUCCCGUUCCAGUCGAUGAAAAUUUGA